AUGUCCGGAAUCCCAUUCACAGCCGGCAUGGAGGCGUCGGGCGGUUGGCCUUCUGAACGUGGCCCCAUGCCCAAGUUUGAGCCAGGACCUGCAGACUUCAAAGAAGCCAGGAAAGCGGAAAAGCGAGCCGAGAAACAACGUCAGGAAGAAUUGGUGGGACCAUCUAUGACAACAAGGAUGGAAAACUCAGUCAAGUCGAGCUUCUUGGGCAAGAUCUUCGCAUCUGAUCCAGACAAACCCAAGAAGCAGCGAAUUGAGCGCAACAGGGACGGCGUUCCGAUAAACUAG